AUGGAAGAUGCAAGCCGAGCAGAUGGUUUCGCUUCGAUGCCUACCACAACGGCACGUAGAUCGAGCUCUACGCCAUGGGAGCUUCACGAUGAAGAACUUGGCCGACGCGACCUGGCUUCGAAACCGGCUGGGCAUCAAGCACAGCUUCAUGGAGAACCCGCUCUUGGAAGGAAUGCUGGCAGCAAGAGCCAGCAAGGGACUUGCGUCAAAGAUGAAGCGAGAAGCCAUGGCAGAGGCGCAGAAGCAGGCGGACCUGGAAAUCGCCGAGGGCAAACAGGAAGAGGCUGCAAGAGCUCUACUUGGUCCUCGCGGUGGUCUUCCUUCACUUCGAGCAGACCUUCUUCGUCUGGCCGCCUUGCUCAGGGUGCCCAUCCCGGAGAAGGCGACGGUCGAGCAGAUCAAGCAGGCGUGCAGACCAAUGGUGGGCGCUCUGAUGACCAAGACCAGCAACAAGGCUACAUGCAGCACACCCACAACGGCGGUGGCAAAGGAAACCAACCUUGCGCCGCCCAUCAAGCCAGGCAAAGAGUGCGAGGCCGAUUCUCCCGCAUCAUCGGCGUACUCCGUGGUGACUUCGUCAAUGGGAGUGAACCGCGACGACCUGGAAAAGAUGAUGUUGCAGCAAGAUCAAAAGUUCUCUGGCAUGAUCAGUCAAGUCAUGGCUCAUCUGAUGUCUAUGACAAGCCAGCAAGUAGAUCCUCGACCUCUUUGGCACGAUAUGGCGGCGGGAGACGACAAUGGGAGUCAGGUGAUGGAGGUGGAACCGCCAUUGGAUCUUGUGGAUCUUACGGGAAAGUGAGCUCCAAUCCUCCUGGACUACAAUCAGGCAAGCCUCACGCAUCACGAGCACGUGAUCAGCAAGAAGUGUCAGCAAGAGACAGACAUGAGCCUCACAUACCACCAUCACCAGAUCCUCAUGUUCUACAAGCCCCCAACCCUUGGACCUUGCAUCAGCAGGUCAAGCAUGGCCAAGCGCAGUUGAUUGCGGCAGCGUGGGCCAAACACGAGAAGGACAGAAAGCUGAUCUCACAAGGUCACAGGGAGAUCAUGGAGGUCAUGCAUCAAGAAUGGAAUGGACGAUUCCAGGACUUCAUGAACGAGACCUUCGUUUCGGCAGUGGACUUUCCCAAGACCUUUGUCACGGAAGUGUACACCACGACCAAGCCCAUCCUUCGAGAAGCAGCUCGGCGUGGACAUCGGGUUGGAUCAGCACUUUCCUUGGAGACUGGAUGGAACUUUCUACGGGCUCUGGAUCGCCGGGCAGCUCGGAAGCUGAUCGACCAGGAGAAGCCCUACUUCUUGGCCAUUGCCUUUCCUUGUGGACCAUGGAGUCCUUUGAUGAGGUUGAACCCGGCGGCGGACUUGGCACAGAAGCAAGCUGAAGGUUUGGUCCUCAUCAGAUUCGCUAUCCAACUGGCCAAGGACCAACUCCUUGCGGGCAGACACUAUCUCUUGGAGAACCCCCUCACGAGCAAGGCUUGGACUUUGCCUGAGAUGGUCAAGUUCCUGGAGGAGAAGGAGGCAGAGCUUGCGGACUUUCACCAGUGCCGCUUCGGGCUGAAGAAUGACAAGGGCGAGCCCCAUCGCAAGGCGACGCGGGUGGCAACAAGCAGUCCUCAAGUACGGGAACAACUACACGCUCGUCGGUGUCUUCGGGAUCAUCAACAUGCACCCGUUCUUGGAGGAGCUAAGGUGACAGUGCCAGCUGGGCACUAUCCGGCCCCCUUGGCACGCGCCAUGGUGAAGGGCAUGGAGGAGCAGUUUGAGGUGGAUUUCAAGGCCUACCCACAUGAGGCUUUGGCCGUGGACGGUGAAGUUGAGGAGGAAGAACAACCAGAAGUUCCAGCAUUGACCAACUACGGCAGCGACUCAGAGGAGGAAGAGAUCAAGGUGGAGAACCCGAAAGUGCCUGCGGGAAUUGUGCAGGCAGUGCGGCGACUACAUGAGAACACAGGUCACCGCAGCAAUCGGAGACUGGCAAGAGCACUGAUCAUCAGUGGUGCUCCUGCGGAAGCUGUCUUGGCGGCGAAGCAUCUGAAGUGCGCGAUCUGUGAUGAGCAGAAACGACCCAAAGUGCAACGCCCCGCUUCCUUGCCAGUUCCCAAGGACAUCAGCGACCAAGUUCACCUCGACAUCUUUGAAGCUGAGGAUGCAUUGGGCCGCCAUCACUACGUGAUCCAUGCGGUGGACUUUGCGUCUAGGUUCCAGAUGGCGGAGGUGAUAGCUCACAAGAGUUCGGAGGCGGUGGUCAAAUGGUUCACUUCGCGGUGGCAGCCGAUCUUUGGACCGCCCCGAGUGAUAGUCGCUGAUCAAGGGCGUGAAUUCGUGAGCUACACGUUUGAGGAGAUGUGCGCCCGGUCUUCAACCCUUUUGUGGCACGCAGCAGUGCAGGCCCCCUGGCAGAAUGGAGUUUGUGAACGAGCUGGAGGAGUACUGAAGGGUCUUCUUCAUGCGCUGGUAAAGGCGCAUUCGAUCGUUAAUGCGGAGGACCUGAACGUGGCUCUUCAAGAGGCAGUUACUGCCUACAACAACGACAUUAAUGAGAUGGGCGUCAGCCCCUGCCAGGCAGCACUUGGGAGGCAGCCACGGAUGAUUGGAGACACACUUGGAGAUUUUGGUCAACGUCUGGCGGAGCACGGAUUGAUCGAUGAUGGCCUCAGGCCUAGCUUGAUGAGACAGAUGGCAUUGAGGGAGACCGCGAAGGUGGCUAUGACGCGGCUUCACUUCAGUAGAGGCCUUCGGCGAGCAGAACUGGCCCGAUCCCGAUCUACUACAACCACGCAUGCGCAAGCUCUCGAGCCCGGCAUGAUCGUCUACUUCUACCGCCAGACCAAGUACAACAACAAGACAUCACCUUCAAAGAAGAAACUGAGUUUGAGGAGGUGGCAUGGACCAGCACUUUUGGUGGCCAAGGAGGGCCACACCAGCGCUUUCGUCAGCUUCAAAGGGCAACUUACAAAGUGCGCGGUGGAGCACUUGCGCCCGGCCACUACCUUGGAGCAGAUCUCGGCUGAGACCUGGAGAGACGCCAUUGAGGAUGUGGUGGAAGCAGCAAUCCAGGAUAUGACCCGCCGAGGAGCCGAGCAACAUGGAGAGCAAUUCGCAGAUGGCCGACCUCAAGCACUACAACCUGAAGCUACGACUAAGCCUAUGGAAAGGGAACCCCAGGAAGGAGUUGGUGAAGUACCGACCGCGAGUUCGGCGACCGGAGCUGGAGAUCUACGGCAUCCCGGUGGCCUUCCUGGACCCUCUGAUGGACCUGCAGGUGAUCUGCCUCCUGUUCGUCCUCAAGAGUUUGCAAAUGCUGUGCGUCGUGGAAGUUCAAGGCAGUCGACUCCGAUGACUUCGAGACUGUCGACCCCUUUGGUGGCUUCCAGAAGGACGAGUACGGCAACUGAGCCGCAUCAUGGAGCUGCGGCACCUGGAACACCGGUUCCUGAGCUGAUCCUUAAUGCCAGCCAGCUCGGGGAGAGAAUGGGUGGGAUCCUUGAGCGAGCCCGGGAGAUGGAGUUAGACGACCCUCAGCAGCGUAAACGAGCAGCUGAUGUAGAAACCGGUCUGCUUCGUGAUCUUUCCCGUCUACCUGAGCCUUCGAGCGGUACUACCGGAAGUGGAGAGCCUUCAAUAGACGUUGGAGAAGUACCGGUGCGUGAAGUAGACGAGUUGGUGAAUUUACCACAUCCUGACCAUCCCCUACGGCAACUUCAUGAUCUGAGCAUUCGUGAUCGCCUCGAUCCUGAAAGUGGAGAAGUGCGUGAUCAUGGGACUUGGAGAGGUGAUUGGCCUAUGCCCUCGCGGACCUACAUCCAAGCCAUGAAGCAAGCAGGCGCCAUGUGGCCUUGCGGUGAUCAUGAUGUCUGUGCCGUGCAGACUGCGAGAAAGGAGUACAUGUGGCGAAGCAUCGCCUCGCAAGAUCGACCAGCUUUUCAAGAAGCAGCAAAGACUGGUUGGAUGGUUUGGGCAGACAAUGACGCGGUGGAGGUUCUGUCCCCGGAUGAGGCAGCUGAGACCUUCAAGCGGUUGCGCGCCAACAACGAGAUGCACAAAGUGCUGACCCCGCGGUACGUCUUCACGGACAAGCAUGAUGGUUUGCGAACCCCUUCGCAACCCUUGCCUUUGAAAGCAAAUGCGAGGCUGGUGGUGCCAGGAUUUCGGGACCCCACUGCCUACGCGGUGAGGAAGGAUGCCCCAACGGCAUCACGAACUGCAUGUCAUUUGGUCCUCAUCAUUACGGCUUCGAUGCAGUGGGACUUGUGGAGUGCGGACAUCAAGAGCGCAUUCUUGAAGGGUGAGCUUUUCAAGCCCAACGAGCGGGAGCUGUACAUCGGCCAGAUCAAGACGAUGUCAGAGGAUGAGCCGAAGCUUCCACUUGGCGGAGGAGGACUAGCGAAACUGAAGAAGGGAAUCUUUGGACUCUCUGAUUCUCCGAGAAGGUGGUAUCUUCGCUUGAACAAGUCGUUGACGAAGCUGGGCUGGCGGAGAUCUGCAUUGGAUGCAGCUACGUGGUACCUUUGGACGGAGGACUCCAAGACCUUGCUUGGAAUCGUCAUUGCCCAUGUGGAUGAUCUUCUCAUGGGAGGAGGCAAACGCGCAAAAGCUCUACUUGAUCAACUUGGAGAGGAGCUAGGGUUUGGUUCUCUUGAGCAUAACCGCUUCACCUACUGCGGGAAGUUCAUCGAGAAGAAGUCUGAUGGGAACAUCUAUAUCAGCAUGCGGGAGUACCACGAGAACUUGAAGCCGGUAGCCAUACCGCUUGCUCGACGACGAGUACCUGAUGCUGCGCUAACCCCUGCCGAAAUCAAGCAGUUGCGUGCACUGGUUGGAAGCAUGCAAUGGUUGGUGGCGAACUGCCGGUUCGACAUGGGAUUUAUGCUGUCAGCGUUGCAAGGCGAGAAGCGCGUCGUGGCGACCUUGAUGAAGGCGAACCAGUUGGCCAAGCGCUUCAAGGAGCACGUUGAUUUUGCAUUGUGCUUCAAGCCGAUCAACCUUGACGGAUGCGGCCUGAUGGUUGUGUCUGACGCAAGCCUUGGCAAUGUGAACCAAGAUGGUGGUUCUGAUGGUGAACCCCUCACGAAGCUCUUCAGCCAGGCGGCCUACUUCGUGUUGCUGGCGAGCAAGGAGCUGAUGAAUGGCAAGAAGGGUCGGUUUGCGAUCUUGGAUGCCCGGAGUCACAGGUUGCCAAGGGUCUGCAGAUCUACGUUUGCUGCAGAGUUGCUGGGCGUUGAGGAGGCCAUGGAUGUUGGGCAUUACCACAGAGGUUUUGUGGCAGAGCUCAACGGGCUUCGCAUGGAUAGCAGGGCAGUUGAUGUCUCAUUGGAGACGGUGCCGCUCACAGUUGUCACGGACGCGAAGGAUGUCUACGACAAGAACACAAGUGACACGCCUUCGUAUGGGUCGCAGAAGUCCCUGGCCUUCACUGUGGCGUGGCUUCGCAACAUGUUGAGGAGGCCGCAGACAACUUUGAGAUGGACAAGCACAGAAAACAUGUUUGUGGAUGCCGGCACCAAGGACAUGGAGUUGGAUAAUCUGCAUACAGUGCUGCGUUCAUGUGAGUGGUGUGUGACAUACCGCCCGGACUUCGUGCGGCAGACAGUCAAGAAGCAACCGAAGCAAGUACAGAAACCUGCCGCUGGAUCUUUGUGUGUGGGCAAACCUGUGGACUUGAGUGAUGAGAUCUUCAGCAGACUGCUUGUUCUGAGUGAGCAGCCCGGAUGGCAUCACCAAGAUGGCGUGGGCAUUCACGUGGCAAGGUAUGCGAAGUCAUAUCGGCUGCCCAAGCCGCGCUUCAACCCCGUGGAGUACUGCAUUCGAAGCAGCUUCGGAAGGUUUGACUGCAACCAGAGGUCUGAGUGGCGGGAAUUGGAACGAAAUGUGGACAUAUCAUCGUUAGCCAAUGCAUAG